UCCGACGAGGGAGAUCUGAGCGUGCGUGGUUAAUGCGGAAUGAAUUGAUGCUUGUUGGAGAGAAUCGCUUGCCAACCCAAUGUUUACUACUCAGUGAGCUACAACAUUAGAUAUUCAACUCACGAGUUUUGGAGGAACCAUACGUCUACGGUAGCAGUACACUGGAAGUGAAUGUGCAAUAACGUAUUCAGUUUCUACUCCAAUUAUCUACAGGGAGGACCCAAUUGGAUUCUUUUUCGUUGGAUAGCUGUUAAUACGUUGAUUACUCUAUGAAGUUAAACAUUACGUAUUCAACUCACGAGUUUUGGAGGAACCAUACGUCCACGGUAGCAUACAGUGACAUUGAGAGUGAAUGCGUAAUAGCGUAUUCAGUUUGUACUCCAGUAAUCUACAGGGAGGACCCAAUUUGAUUCUUGUUUUUAGUUGGAUAGCUGUUAAUAUUUGACGGUGGGUGAGGAGGAGGCCGAGGGGAGUUCAACUCGCCCGAGAGUUAUGACUAAUUAAUAUUGGAGAGACAUGUUUUAUCGAGUCCUCUGUACUCGAGGUUGAGAGAGACGCCGAUAAAAUACAUGACGCUGUAGACAUACAGACCUGACAAGAAUCAAUCACCAACGACUUUAUGGAUCGAGAUCAAGCGCGGGAAAACAUAGCAGCACAUUUUAGAAUUAAAGCGAGGGAAAUAUGCCCCAUUGAAAUCGUCUGCAAACAAUAUUGGUGUUUGCUCAUACGCCCCUCGUCAACUCGCCGGCUCAUCCAGUAAUUUACCGGGAAUAUAUUUUCCCUGUCGUCAUCGUCUGGGUGACUGCAUAGAAACGUGAAUCAGACGAGGGAAUUUUUUAGAUCUGUGUUUCAUGUCGUUCAAGUGGGGUGUUUAGGCAACGCUGGCAUCCAGUACACACUCUGCUUGAUUUAACUGAGGCUGUUUCUAAUGCAUUACAGACACAUACCGUCCUUGCUGUAUGCAGAUACUUAAUAGUCAUAAUCACACUGUAGCAUACCAACUCUGUGUUUGAUUAGAACCAGGUUUUUAUAUAACAAGGGAUGCUGGUGAUUUGAUGGUAUGUGUAAUUUGGUUAAUGGAUAACGUCAUUUCAUUAACUGAUACUAUGUGAUUCUGGACUGCUGUCACGGAUCAAAAAGCUCGACAAUGUCGACUCUAGCCCCGUAUAUCCCGGAACCCCAACCUGCACCAAACAUUGCUGCCUUUGACUCGGCCUCUGGGCUAAGUUCACCCAUGGAUUUGGAGGGCAAGGGUACCACAAACAUGGUAGACACAGACGAUAUGGCCAAUAUGACAAGCAUGGUGGCGCUGAUGCCUAGCGUAAGCGUCAUAACACCCAUCACGAUGAUGGGAGUUGGGCUAUUCGGUAAUGUCAUAGCCUUAGGGAUUUACAACUGCUCAUGUAGUGCCCAUCGUAAACUCCCUUUCUACGGGAUACUCCACGGACUACUAUGGACGAAUAUCUUUGGAUACAUAGCCGUGUAUCCGCUUAUAAUUGCCGCAUAUUUCAACGGUUUACAAUGGAUCGGCGGGAGUCACACGUGCAACUUUCAAGGACUGUCGCUUCUGAGCUUUGGUAUGUCCACUUCACUCCUAGUUGGUUGCAUGGGGUUCGAACGCUUCUUAGCCGUCUGUAAGCCACAGCUUCAUGCUAAGCGAGUUGAAAGGAGGAAAAUCCCGUACCUGAUUUUCUUAGUAUGGGUGUUUGCCGUCUUCACAGCGUUCAUGCCGAUCGUGGGGUUUGGUGAGAUGGUUCAACAUUACCCCAACACGUGGUGUUUCGUAAAUUGGCGGCACCAACAGACCGUUGGUAAACUGUAUACCAGUAUCCUCGCUGCUGAGCUAUCUGGUGUGUUAAUGCUAGUGGGUUCCUGCCUGGGGGCCGUCAUUGGCAUGACUGUAUUCAGAGCUGUGUGUCUGAAACAUGGACGUCCCGGUGAUAUUGUGGAGGUAACGGGAACAGCCAUCAGGCGCCUGUCUAUUCGGACUGCCAGACGGCAUGGGAUAAGCCCUGCUAUAACCUCAUUGUGGUUGACAACACAUUAUGUCUUAUUCGCCGUUGCAGUAUUAAUCUGUGUUAUUCCAAUUGUGUUGAGAAUAAUCCUGAAUGUGUCAGGCCAGCCGGAGAAUCACUUCGCAACCUUUUUAGCCAUGGGCUACGCCGAGUGUUUCCCCGCCGCCGCCCCGUGGAUUUACAUGCUGUUCCACCGUCAGUUCUGGAAGCGUGUCUUGCCGUGUUGUUUCUCCAAGAAGCUGACGAACUCAAACGGCAUCCACGCCGUCAGUUACUACCACCGACCGGUAUCAAGAGGGAACGACAUCUCCGGUGCGGAGGAGGACCACGAAGACGGGAAUGCAAACAGUAUACUGCCCAACAGUAACGGGGAUGAUAUGAACACAUUUGCGGUGAUGAGUGACGAGGGCACCACGGCCGAUAUUUUGACGAUAGGAAAUGAAGCUCGGAAGAACACGCAGCAUCCGUUCAGACAGGGGUCGGUUGAGGCCACACCGUCUUGGAAGAGUUAUGUCGAGGCACCCAACUCCAAUAAAAGAAACAAUAGCACAUCAAAGGUACAACCGUAUCAGGACAACUCUAAAGUCUGUUGUCCUCCUCAUCACGUGACAGGCCACAAGAACCACCACUGUCCCCAUGGCAACAUCGCCCGAGUAGAAUACCACGCACUCGUCCGGAUGAUGGAUGAAGACUCGCACACAGAGGGCGCUAUUGACGGUACUUCGGAUCUGGUUAAAGCAUGUACAUUUGGCAAGGAGUCCACUAUCUAAUGGCUACUCACAGAACGUUUUUAGGAUCCUGCUUGAAGACACUGGACACCUUUGGUAAUUGUAAGUUUUCUCAAUUGGUCAUCGAAGUUGCAAGAGAAUAACGAAA